AUGGGUAUCCCAUACUCUAAACAAAUCAACGCAGCCUUUGAUGAGGUCACGCCACUGGUAACAGCAGGCUUCGAGGUCCUGCAAACGCUGAAGAACAUCGCCCUCACAGUCGCGGUCAUCCAAGUUCUGACCGUGGUGAUUUUGACCGCAGUUUUGAUCGUUCUGGUGGCACUCCUGAUCACUAUCAAUCCGGAUCUAGCUACAGAGCGGAAGCUGGUUGUGACACCGGUGGUGAGAUGGUUUGUCCAUGUAUGGCUGGAAAUGCAGAGUCAUUGGCGGACGGUCUUGAUCGGAGGAAUGAUCAUCUUGUUGGGAGUGGCGUUGGGUGCUGUGGGAGGAGUGCUUAUGACUCAGAAGGAUUUUCAGAAGUUGGCGGAAGAGGAGCAGCAGCCGUCGAAGGAGAAGUCUGCGGAAACCGUGGACGCUGAUGAAGGAUAA